AGGAGGAAAUAAUAAGUUGGACAAGUAGUAUCUUACUAAAAGCCACAAUGAAAAGAUCAUUGUUUUACUUGGUUACCGUCUUGGCGACUAUUUUCCUCGACAUUUCUUCCGCAGUAGAUUGUAAUGAGAAUAAAGAUAAACCAAGAUUUUAUACAUGUCAAGGUCUUACGAAUUUAGCACAAUUGGACUCGUUACCGGACUCUACAGUCGGACUUAGAUUAGAGAAGUCUACCAUCAGCAGAAUACCAGCCGACGCUUUCUCAAGAUUCGCUGGUAGUCUGAUAGAAUUGAGGAUCACCGGAUGUUCCUUGGAAAGUAUAGAAGCCCAUGCAUUCAGAGGGCUCGAUAAACUAGAGACGCUCGACUUGUCGAACAAUCGGAUCCAAGCAAUCGAGGCUUCCUGGGUACGGGGAUUGUUCAACUUGAAGGAAUUGAUCGUUUUGAGAAAUCGAAUAACUAGAAUUGAACCAGAGUUUUACGAGCUUUUACCGAAACUUCAAAUACUUGAUGUAGCUUACAACGAAUUAGUCGAGUGUAUAACGAAAGAAAAUUUCAAGAAAUUGAAGAAUUUAAAAUUGGUAUUGAUAGCAAGCAAUCCGUGGUCAUAUCGUUGCCGAUCAAACAUGACGUAUGCUUUUAAAACAAAUCACAUUAAUUUCAUCAAGGAUUGGUCAAUUGGCGAUCUUUUGAUAGAAGAAUGUUUAGCACACGAACAAGGAGCUGAUACAGAUGAUGCCAUUUUAAAACAAUGCGUAGAUAGAAAAUCAUUUGAAUCUAUCACUCCUAUAUUACCUGAUUUGGAACAAAAAGUAUUAGAAUUGUCUAACAAGGUCGAGGAAUUGCGUAAUGAGGUGAAUAAUAUUAAAAAACGUUCGUAAGAAAGAAACUUUUUUCUUAUCUUUAUAGACCCUAAUAAUCUUCAACACUAAGAAUAGACAGACUAUAUUACAUAAUACAAGGUUACACUAUAGAUUAUUCACACUAUGCUAUGGUUAUAUUCUCUAUGUAUCAAACCACCUAUAUAAAUGAAUAAAUUUAAUUACAAUUAACCAGACAAUAUUAA